AUGGCCGAUAACAACACGGAGGGCCGAGAAAAGCUUCCAGGAAGGAGGUGGACAUCUUCGACCUUCUCUCUCAAGACUCCACGCCCCAAGAAAUGGGCAGAAUGGCUUCGGGCCCCACUCGAAGCCGCCGCGGCGCGUGGCGACCAGACUCUCGCACUUGAGCUGGUCGGCGCAGGUGGGGCUAGUGGCAGUGCGGUUCACGCAGCCGUUAGCGGCUGUCACGUGGGGCUCGCGGGUAGUCUUCUCCGUACGGGAGCGCCUGUCGACGGCAAGGACUCUCAAGGGUGCACAGCUCUGCACGUAGCCGCGGCAGAAAGACAGCUCGAGGCAAUGGAUAUGCUUGUCCAAGCUGGCGCCAGUCUCGAGGCAGGGGGCCCUGCCAAAUGUACUCCUCUAGACUGGGCAGCUAGGCACGUCAACCCCGCGAGCAUCAUUGCUUUGUUGGGGCAUGGCGCCGCUGUCGACGGGAACGCCGAUGAGACCGUGAAUCCACUUUUCCGGGUCGUCUUAAGCGAGAGGCCCACUGUCGAAGCUUUGCCCCCCCUCGUGCGGCACGCUUCAGAUGUUGACGCGCAUGGUGUGGACGAUGAGACGGCGCUCCACCGGCUUUGCCUCAAGGCCAUGGUAAUACCAAACGCGCCAGAGAUUGUAGAUCUUCUGCUGAGGUGGGGCGCGUGCAAGGAAAUUACAUGCUACGGUCUCACACCCCUUGGUGUUCUUAAUGCGUACAAUUCUAUGAACACGGACAACCUCAAGCGCGUGCGCGACCUCUUGCACAACGCUCCCGCGGACAGAGCGUGGCGCCGCCGGGGCUUCCUUGUGCUAUGCCGCGCUUUCCCGGACCGGAUGCACCAAAAUGUCGGAAACAACACUCCAACCGCGCACGCCGCCGUCGCCGGCGAGGAACCGCCUGAAGCUCACCCCAGGAGCGGCUUGAGACACCGCCAAAAAGCGGUGCCGGCCGCAACAGCAGCGCGGCAGGGGUGGAAGGCGGCCAAAGCGGAAUCUGUGAGCUGGGUCGCGACAGUCCGAGGCCUGGUGGUGACUUGGCAGCUUGGCUGACGAGCACGGGGGAAGAGGCGAUUUUCCGCCGCAUCGUGAUAUUCUUGUGAACAGGACUGCCGUCGUUCAGCUGGCAAGGACACCAAUAGGUGCCCCAUGUACAUACAUUUGCCUCCAAUCGGUGCCGCAUGUGCAUACAUUGCCUGCCAGAGCAAGCGGCCCAGCUUCCGUUGAGGAGAUUGAUGAGAUCCGCAAUAGCAGGAGGUGUACAGGAAAUGUGAUCCCGAAAUUAUUAGUUUGCGACGUGUUCGAAUGCUGGUGAUAGCCACCGUCGUAGUUGCGACGAAUUUGGAGCAAUGCCUCUUCUAACUUUGGAUGUUGUGGCCGAAUCUCGUUGGCACUGCUGAUAUUCAUGUCGACCGUGGAUCCAAAUGCACGGGGUUGUGCCUGCUGUACACGUGGGCGAUCGAAGCCUCGAGGAAGCUGGUGCACCGGAGUGGGGGGAGGAGGUUGGUCGUGCCAUGUAUUGUAGAUCACUUCCGUUCCUCGCAGAAAAGCGUGUGGCACGUCCGCGAAAAUGGUAUGUAUGUGGUGCUGAUGCCCCUUAACCUUGCGAGGACAAUCGGCUACAAUAACCUUUUCAAGACGAAGAUUAGUAUGUUGGGACGAACUCCUUGCGGUUCCCCGUAGAUUAUAGUAUGUGGGGUGUGCAUGAGGAGUGUUUUUGAAUUGUAUUGAUUGUCCUACAGUAACUACAGUAGUUACGAGAAUAUGUUUUCAUUGUCAAGCCUUGCUAUGGUAUGUAUACUACAAAUUCUGCUGUAUGAACACUUCAUAUAUAUGUAGGUUGAGAUUGCUGUGUGAGAAUGCUUUCCAUUUUGUCGUUUGGCAGAGCGACCGGUGUUUUAGCUCUUCGGAGAUACAACCCGUGUGUGUGUGGGUUUUUCUUGUUCAUAUUCGAUCGCCCCGGUCGUCUAGUUGGUAUCCUGGAAACCUCUAAGUGGCUGGGGUUCAGGGGUUCGAAUCCCGGCAUAGAUUGGUAGCUUCUUGCAACGCCGUGCGAGUUUUUCUCUCUCUCGCUCCCGUUCCUGGCCUGGGUGGAAAGCGCUAGUUCGUGUGUACACAGAGGGAAG